CUAAAAGUUGGAGCCUUUGUUCGUUUGUUUGAAACAGAAGUGAGUGGAUGCCUGAAAGGUGUCCAAAAAGAUUUAACUGCCAAGACACAAUAUAAGUAAGAAGGCCGACUGAGACGAAUGAGAUUUGAACGGGUCCUGUGGACAUAUUUUCCGCUUGUUUUGGCUCGUUGAGUAAGAAGACAGGGAGUGAACUCCUGAUGGAAAGCAGGGAAGGGGGAAGAUAACGAGGAGGAGCUGAGGAGCUAUGUGGCGAAGCUCUCACCUACUUAUCUGACAACGAGACCAGUAGAGCUGUUGGUUUAUUUCAGAGAAAGUGAGAUGGAGGGGGAGAAGGAAAGACAGAGGCAGCAGCGAGAAGAGAAGGAGAGUAACGAGGCAGAAGACGAAAGGAGGAGUGAUGACGACACUGACAAUGAUGAGGAGGAGGAUGAGGGUUCGGAGGGUGCAGCACUGGUGUGGCAGGAAAGCUACGGUGAGGACAAUCUGGGCCUUCCCAUCAUGCACUGGGAGGCAUUGAGCCUGCGCAUCGCUGAGCUAGAGAAGCAAGAAGAAGAAAAGAAGGACAAGAGGGCAAAGAGUGGAGUUUCUUCUCUGGAGCGAGGCAGAACUCCACUGAGUUGGACAGAGGAGAGAGGAAAGAGGGCAGAGAAGUGGGAGGACGGAGAUGAUGCCUGUAACAGUCAUGUGCUGGCACUUACCUCCCGCCUGCAGACACAGAUGAAUCUUCAGCUCUGCUUCAUCAACAACAGUGAAAGUGAGGAGGAGGAGAUGGAGAAGGAGGAAGAAAUCAACAAGGAGGAACGCAGCAACACACGACUAAUGAAGAAAGGGACUGUUCAUGUCCACAAGAAUCCUCAGCCUCCUACCAAGACAGAAAAACCAAAAUCCAGAGGCUUCAGGAACACUCUGAGGAACCUACGAGACAGACUGAGAACAGACCACAAAACUUCGACUGCAGCUUGUAGUGAUCUUUUAGUCCAGAGGAGACAUUUGGAGCACAGUGAUUUACAAAACUUCAGUAUUAAGGAGCUGAAUGCUCUUUCCAUGUCUCUCAGCCAGGCCAUACAAGACCUGAGCUCAGAGCUGGUGGGUAGCCUCCAGGUUCGAGACCAGCUGAGGACAGAGCAGGACGCCAUGCUGCUGGAGGUCCAGGAUUUGACAUCGCUGUGAACCUGCCAGUUGCUCCCAGCUGAAGUUCACCUGUCAAGUCAGGAAGGAUUAUGUCACAGGAACAUUUGAACAAGUGUCACACUCUGUGAGAACUUUGUUGUGAGUCAGACGGUACCACAGUGGCCUCCACAAACAUCUCAGUCAGUCCCUCCUGCUGUUGGUCUGACCAGCCAAUCACUGUGAAGAGUGUCACUCCCUGAAAGGACUUGGACAUUCAGUUGCAUAGUAUUUUUUAGUAUUUUUUCUUCUGUGUUGUGUGUUUAUUGGGGAAACUUUGUCUCACUUGAUGACAUGCAUGUGCAUGUGACAGAACCAGCUUUGUCUUAGGAGCUGCGGUCACAGUGUCAGAGCCAUAUGGUACCAUCAACUACUGAAACCGAGCUGGACACAGCAAAUAGUGAAUGGUGGCCUUAAAGGAACAUGAUCUUUUACCUUCUUACUCUGAGUCAGAUUAAAAGACCAGUACAAAUUUCACCUCCACCAUGCCCAUAGCACAUAAAUGUCUGGGUCAUGCUAAAUUCAUCUUAGCACCAAGACUGGAAGCAGACUUAACACACCAUCAACAUUUUUGUAUAUGCCUAUUCUGAACUUCAUGCAGAAAGACGUUUCAAACAUGUUUGGACAAAAGCAACAAAAGACCGGGAAAGUUGUGGAAUGCUCCAAAAUCACCUGUGUGGAUCAUUCCACAGGUAAACAUGUUCAUUGGUAACAUGUUUGGGUAUGAAAGGAGCAUCCUGGAAAGGCUCAGUUCACAAGCAAUGGGUCUCUCAGCUUCAGCAGUAAAGAUGACAUUUUGCUUUUCAUGGUUCUUAACAAAAGAAAAAUAACAUUUUGCUUCAGCAAAUCUGGAUGAAGUGAGAGCAUGUUGAGUUUGAAACAUCAGAAUGUUCAUUGAACGGAUGUGUCCAGUGUUGGUGAAAGUUUCAGCGUUCAGCCUUAACGGUAUCCUGUGGAGGCUUUGACCACCAGUAGCACAAUGGAGCAAAGAUCAACAGGUCAUCAAACCAAAAUUGUUGUUCUAUGCCAGUUCACAACCAAAAUUUGUCAAACAUAUCUCUGUUAAGUAAAUAGCUCUUGCGUUUUUUGCUAUCUAACAUUCCUAACUUCACUUAAAAUUAGUUGUUUUUAAAAUUAGCUUCUCUAGUUAGUAUAUGUCGGUCUUUAACUGGCUGUUAUUGUUGACUUCCCAAAACAGGUAGUGUCACUAUAGGCUCAGUCAUGAAGUGGAAUUGAAGAGGACAGAAAAAAUGUACAUUUUUACUAGACAUGUUGCCAUCCAACUAUGUUAUUCCUGCUUUGUUACUUCCUGAUGUUCACUAAAAAUAGUGUCAGAGGAUGAAUCUUGCUUUGCAGUUCCACAGUUCAUCAUAUAACUUGGUUGGAGCUUCUACAAAAACAGCAGGACAAUAUUUAGCCUUUUAAAAGCAGAAGGUGGAAUAGCAUCAAUAUCACAACACAUAGCAAUCUGUAAAGUUAAGGAUAUCUUUUGUCGACACUGGAGCAAAGCUUACAUGUUGUUGUGUUUAGCAUCCAUUCUAAAUGCUUAAAGUGCAAUUAAAAAGGGAUUCCUGUUAAGAAGCUAUUAAUUCUGCCAACUGAACAAUCUGUCUUUGUUUUCUACUUUAUUAAGUGUAGUUAUGUUCUCUGAUCUUUUUGGAAGAUGUUACGUGUUUUUUUUUUUAUUAUGCAUGUGUAGGCUUUUUAGCUGGAGAACUAAAUUUGAUGUUAUGUACAACAAAGUAAGCACAUUUUUAUUUUUCUUCACUAAAGUGCCUUUUCUGGCUAUGUAAGGGAAGAUAUCAUUUAUCUUUUUAUUCAACAGUUAGCUUUUUUAGUCUUGGCAUAAGGUCUUAAUAUUUAUCAUUGAACAGUAUACAAAACAAUGUUUACAUAUUGUCUUUAUAACUUCAGUAUAAAAAACAUUUCCACAGUACUAAGUCCAUCAUUAUAUGUCAUCAGGAUGUCAUGUCAUCCUCACUACUCCUCUGCUCUCAUUUUCUCUUUUUAACGAAAUACUGCUCCCAUUCACAAAGUAACUGCAUUGAACUUUGACCUUUUUUGUUUGCUGUUUGGCUACCACUCAACACUUAAUGCAAUACAGUAUGUUUCACAUUUAGAGCCUUCCAACAGCUCAUUCCUGGUGAGCUGUUUGUGUGAGCUACUUCAGGAAGUGUUGACUUUUCAUUCACAGUAACUCAACACAGAAAAAAGACGAAGCUAUUUGAACCAUGUGAUGACGCUGAAUUUAUGGCAUUUACCUGCCAUUUAUUAGAAACCAGUAAUUAUUUGCAUACCAGAUUUAAUUUCUGAAUUUUCAGCACACAUUAAGCAUAUACAGGAUACCCAAUAUUAUAGACCAAGUGACAGCAAGAUGUUCUCAACACUGUUAGCAACCAGCAGUUGAUCACUUUAGUGUGUUGGGCUCUAAUAACUGAGUGGACAUUACAGUACACUCAGCUGUAGCGUUUCUGAGACAGACAUUUAAAAAAAUGCAAAAUUCAAUGAGCAUAUUCCAAAUAAUAUAAAGAGGUAGCACAUCCCAAGUUACUAAGUCAAGAAGGAUAAAAUACUCACAUUUCACAUGUUUAUUCUGGUUCACAUCACAAUAGAAAAACACUAAAGCGUUUUGGCACAGAGCCUUCAGGCUUAAUGAUAAUUUAGAUUUAGUCUUAAUGUUGUAUCAUUCUGUGUAUUGAAAAAUUGUCAAAUCAACUUGAGAUUGAUCUCACCCUCCAUUUCUUUUAAUUUAUGUGUGGGGUUGACCAUUUUGUUUACAUUUGGUAUCAGAUUGUGCCUUCAAAUGAAUAAAGUAUUUGUCAAGUCAGCGAUGUAUAUUGUGUGUAUGUGUAUUGGUCAGUGGAUAAAUAAAUAGUCUCCUGU